CUGAGCCAUGGGUGUGGCGUAUUGAGGAAGUAGCCCGGAAAUGAUGUAGCGGCAAGACAAGCGCGGUUUGUGAAUCCGUGUCACACAGAGGACUUGGGCUUGCGGCAGAGUCUCAGGAUGUGCUCCCUUGAUCUGUUCCCUCCUCCUCUUAAUGGAGAUCAGGUGCCACUUUAUGAAUAUAACAAUGAGAUGGUGGCCGGGACAGGGUUUGACAAUCCACCGCCCUCUUUCCAGUCUGCGUUGGUAAAUAUUCCAGAGCUUACUAUACCUAUUGAUGCAGUGAAGGCUCCUGGCCGAAUGGAGUUGUCAAGUAAAACAGCUUUUAUCCAUCACAAAGAGUCGAUCUGGAAGCGCUGUUUGAAUGCAUGGCAUAAUGUGGGACUUGCUGGUUUCCUGGAGGAGAUGUCUAACUCCAAGGAGGAAGUUCCCCCCUGGUUGUGCCAUGUUGCACGCUGUUCCCUUGCGGUGUGCCGCUCAGUCUCCUCUUUGCAUGGGUCUCUCUUUCCACACCUUACAAUGAAGAGUGAGGACCUCACUGCUGAGUUUUCUCAAGCUCUUGACUGGGCUGACUCUCCAUUGCGUGCAUUUGCAUGGCAUCCCCACACAAACAAGUUUGCCUUGGCUUUGUUAGAUGACUCCAUCCGAAUCUACACAGCAGGCAGCCCAACUAUCCCCACACUGAAGCAUCGCCUACAGAAGGAUGUGGCAAGUAUGGCUUGGAAGCCCAUGUGUGCAUCUGUCCUUGCUGUGGCCUGCCAAAGCUGUGUGCUGGUGUGGCACGUGGACCCCACUUCCCUAUCAACAAGGCCUUCCUCUGGUUGUGCUCAGGUCCUAUCACACCCAGGCCAUAGUCCAGUCACCAGUGUUUGCUGGUCUCCCAAAGGUGGAGUGUUGCUUUCUGCCUCACCUGUAGACACUGCUAUGUUGGUCUGGGAUGUACCCACAGAAAGCUGUAUACCCCUGCAGCGGGUUGGGGGUGGCGGAGUUACCUUCCUGUCUUGGUCUCCAGAUGGAAGCAAAGUUCUGGCAGCCACUCCAUCUUGUGUUUUCAGGGUGUGGGAGACCCAAAAGUGGACAUGUGAGCGUUGGCCUACUUUGCAAGGUCGUUGCCAGACUGGUUGCUGGAGCCCCGAUGGAAGUCGUCUUCUUUUUGCUGUAAAGGGAGAGUCUGUAAUAUAUAGUCUGUGCUUUUCUGUCUCUGAGGGUGAAACGCAAGCUGGCGUAGGAGGCAGUCAGAGUGCCACAGUUGUUGCUGAUGUGUCUGAAGUCGUAUUCACAACUUCUGCUGGAGAAAUCAGGGUUGGAGGGGAUAUACAGUCGAUGUGCUGGGACCCCAGUGGAGAGAGGCUGGCAGUUCUACUAAAAGGAAAUCCUGAGUUUGAAGAAAGCCAGCCAGUGAUUGCUGUUUUUAGGACCCGCAACAGUCCCAUUUUUGAGCUUCUUCCAUGUGGCUUCAUCCAAGGUAGAAAAGGAGAGACCCCACAGCUGUUCCAGUUUCAUCCUGGUUUUCAUAAAGGCGCCCUCCUGUCAGAGCUGUGGAGUUCAGGCCGUGUCAAUCAUUUCCCAUUCUACUUUGUGAAUGCACAGUGCCCUCGUUUCAGCCCAGAAAGCAGUGCUGUGGUGCCAGGCAACACUACCAGCAUUGCCAAGCCCAGGACGCUAUUUACAGAAACCUGAGUGCUGGAGUGGAUGAAUGCAUAAGACUUACUGAUGUGAAACAAGGACUUAACACUACUCAUAAUAGGAGUCUUUUAGGGUGUUCAUUGAUAAUUUUUAUGUAAGAAAGAUUUACAGGUAUCAGAGGAAGUUCUUGCCUUUUACUUUCCAAUGUAAUACAUGGGCUGUUGCCCUGACAGCAUGAAAUGCAGAUGGAAAGACCUUAUCCUAUAAUGAUAAUGCCAAGACUGGUAGAACCAGUAACAGCUGCUAAGCACCAAGUGCUAAAUAACAUUAUGCAUUUGUCAGUCCUCUAACAUCUGAAGGGGAAAACUGGGACAUCCAUGAAGUCUCUUCCAGCAGGAGGCACUUAAUACUACAUGUAUAUGCAUCAUUAUGGCCUCUAUGCACACUAUCGGCUUACGGUAGCCUUUAUUUGGUAGUAAAUCUUGUUUUUAUUCUACCAAUACUUGCUUCAGCUCCCCUGAACCAGCCCUGUCCCAGGGAACCCUUUGUGUGUGCCUGGGCUGUGAGCAUAUGAGUUAAAUUGUAACUAUUUGCAGGGCAUGUGUAUGGCCCAGAAGGCAAGAUGUUGGAGCUAAAUGGCAUACCAUCUCUGACCUGGUCUAGCCCUCCUCUUACCAGAAAAACACAUCUGUUAAUGGUAAGCGAUUGUAAUGACUGAGGGAUGCAUAAAAAAUAGUCUGUUUCCUAUUGGAAAUGAUGUACCACUCCCAAUUUCACAAAAUAAAUGCUGCAAAGAGAUGGCCGACACUCUAAUAUAAUGAUCAAACCCUCUGUGCUAUCCAGUACACCAUUGUUUAAAGGUUACUCUUGUUUGCUACCAUUCGCCAAGUGUGGCCAUUUCAAUAAGCACUUGAAUGAACAUUUGAUAGACUUUAGAAUACAUUUACAUUCUUACUCAUUAAAGCAGCUGUGGAGUCUGAAUGCACAAUCCAGACCUGAAGCUAUAGGUGGCAGAUAUCACUGCUUAGAGCACUUCUGGUCAGAAAUGUGCAUUUAUUGAGCAAAAUCGCCUAAACCAACACAGUCUGUAUGUUACUGGCCCUGUAGCCAGGGUUACACAUGCACUAGCACAUGCCAUAUACUGUAUUUGGUUAGGCCAUUCUGCUGAAUAAAAGCACCUUCUCUACUCUGUAGUCCUGGUUUCCUUAAGCAGGAGCAACAUAUUGAUUCAACAUUCUAAAUCCUGUAUCUACUAACUUUACAUUCUUUAUCUUAAAUUAAAAUUUAUAAAAAUUG